AUGAUAUUAGGCGUCGUUUAUAUAGCCUUGUUGGCCACGGGGGCUUCUGCCAGCUACGAUGGCAACCUCAACUAUCUCAGUCCAUCGACCGAGCACCCCGCCCUGGGUAUCGAUGUUCCAAAGGUCAUGAAGAGAAAUCUGGAGAAACGUGACGGUACCAGCUGGGAUCCGGCUUCCUUGAAUUUUACUCAUGGCGUUGCCUCGGGUGAUCCAUAUCCCGACUCGGUCAUUCUUUGGACCAGAGUUGCACCGAUGAUGGAAAAUGACGACUCGAACGUCACCGUAUCAGGAACAGUACCUUUCUACAGCCACGAGACCGAGCGCUAUAUCAAAACAUCCUCCAAUCCCAUCUGUUUGGAUUGGCGCGUGGCUUCUGAUGAUGCCUUCGAAGCCGUCGUCAGCAAGGGCCAGGCAUAUACCACUUCGGACAUUGAUUACACGGUCAAGGUUGAGGCCACCAAACUUCAGCCUUUCACCACAUACUAUUAUCAGUUCACCAUAUGCCGCUCUUCCAAUUCCAGCCCAGUGGGCCGUACAAAGACCGCUCCGGCCGAGGAUGACAGCUCGACGCCAAUCGGCUUAGCCGUAUACUCGUGCUCUAAUUUCCCCAACGGCUACUUCAACGCCUAUGGUAAUGGGGCGCGAAAGGACCAUGUCGACUAUGUUGUCCAUCUCGGCGAUUACAUCUAUGAAUAUGAAAUGGGCGUGCCGGGCCGGGAUGCACGCGCUACGAAUCCUCCUCGAGAGAUCAUCACGUUGUACGACUACCGAACGCGCAUUGCACAAUAUCGGACCGAUCUAGACCUCCGCUUAUCUCACCAGCAAUUCCCCUGGAUUCCGGUUUGGGAUGAUCAUGAGGUUGCUAACAAUGGGUACCGCGACGGGUUUUCUGGUAUGAACAAUACUGAAGAGUCCUUUAUCGAGUUUGGCGGCGUGAGCGUCGAUCAACGCAAGAUGAAUGCCGUGCGAGCCUACUUUGAGUGGAUGCCCAUUCGUCAGGUUGCACUGGACGAUAAUUUGCGAAUCUGGCGAAGUUUCAAGAUGGGGAAGAUGUUCGAUUUGAUCAUGCUAGAUACACGCAACUACGACCGUAGCAUCACGACGCUCAACUGGAACGACGAUUAUAUCUAUGAUAUCUCCAACGACGCUGCUCGGUCAUUGAUGGGGGGUCCACAGGAGAACUGGUUCUAUCGAACCCUGAUCGAAAGCAAAAACCGUGGUGCAGUGUGGCGGAUCAUUGGUAACCAAAUCGUCUUCUCUCGUAUCAAUGUCACCUCGUGGUUUGGCACAUUUGAAAAUCCCUAUAAUGGUGAUCAAUGGGACGGGUACAUGGCCAACCGGAACCGAACCUACCAAGUCAUGUACGACCAUGAGAUCGAUAACAACAUUAUGCUCGCCGGUGAUAGCCAUGCGAAUUGGGUGUCGGACUUGGUCUGGUUUGAUGAGGCCGAUUACGAUCCGGUGACGGGAGCCGGUGCGGUUGGCGUGGAAUUUGCUGGCACGGCCGUCAGCUCGACUGGCUUUGGGGGCACUAUUGCCACCGCCAACAAUCAAAGCACCUAUCUGGUCAACGACAACAGUGAGCUGCAGUGGAACGAGGGUUAUUAUCGAGGAUAUUUCGAGCUGCAAGUUAGUGCGGAAAAGAUUGAUGCCCGAUAUUUUGGAUGUCCAACAGUGGCGACCCGCAACCCAUUGGAGAUUAGCUUGGCUAAUUUCACCGUUCAAGCCGGUGCGAAUCGUCUCCAGCGUCCGGUUGCUGGAGGAUCUGCCGAGUCUGGAUACUUGCAGGGUGGGGAUAUCGUUCCGACGAACCUUACUUAUAAUACAGAGACUGGCGAGUACUCAUACACCAGCUUCGACCAGAUGUUUAUCGAGUAUCCUGAUGAUGACGAGUGA